CUAGCACUGACAGUGUGGUCAAGGAAGAUGCGGACGUGAACAAGGUUGUACCACUUGUGCAAGACGAAGAUAACAAUUGCCCAGGUAAGAUAGUAGGUCCAUCUUCAGAAGAAUGGUUUGCAAUUAGACUAUUUUGUUUUUGCAAAAUGUGAAUGGAUGAUCAUAUAUGAUAACACAUCUUGGGGCUUGUUUCUGGUAGCUGAUGCUGGUUUAAUGGAUGUUGUUCUGGAGGAGAUCAACGCGAUGCAUGUACAUGCCUCUCAGGCAGCAUCAUGCGAUGUUAGGGCACGCACAAGCAUCCCAUUGGUAAAACAAGAAGGUGUUGGAGAUGGUGAUGUGCAGGGGCCUGAUGAUGUGGUUGUGCGCACGGUGGAGCGGAUAGAUGACGUGCAUCUAGAUGAUCAACUUGCUCGGCAACUUGAAGCAGAGCUGGAUGCGGAAUAUGAGAUGGAGAUAGCAUCCCGUGCACCGGCUGCGAGUGCGACGACGGGUUUGGUUCACGAGGUUAUUGACAUCUCUGAUGAUGAAAGCAAUGAUGAAAUUGAUAUGGAAGAAUGGUCUGAUGAUCCUGAGCACGCUAAGUUGUCUGAGACAGACAGAAAGCUGAGGGAGCAAGAGCUGCAAGAUCCAGAUGUCACGAAAAUGUAUCAAGAAAUGUAUGAUAAAAAUGAUGGUCCGUGGGAAGAAGACUGA